AUGCAAUUCUUGAUUAUAGUAUCACUUAUAAUAGGCAUUGUUUUGGCUGAAAAUGUUUCAAAAACAUUUCGCCUAAACAAUGGAGUGGACUGUCCUGUAAUUGGUUUGGGAACGGGAGGGUUUGAUGGUGCGCCACAGGGGGAACUGGUUAAACAGAUGGUCAGGGAUGCCAUUGACGUCGGCUAUAGACUCAUCGAUACGGCGGCUCUCUAUGGGAAUGAGGAGGCAAUCGGUGAAGCGGUCAAUGAAUUGAUAAGUGCGGGGAAAGUGAGGAGAGAAGACCUGUUCAUAUCGACUAAAAUAUUUCUACUGAUCGGUCAAAGCAUUCCCAUAUCCCGGAGCGAAACGGUAGAGAACGUGCGGUUAGGGCUCCAGAAGCUAAACCAAAGUUACGUGGAUUUGAUUUUAUUUCACUUUCCCUCACAAUCCGACGAAAUUAAUCGCGAGAUCUGGAGUGGACUCGAAGAUGCAUUGUCUCAGGGUUUGGUCCGAUCCAUAGGGGUCUCCAACUUCAAUGUCCAACAG